CCAAUCAGAUGCAACGCGGGUGCAAAGCUUCAAGCCUAUACAGCAGUUGCAACAAGGUCACAAGCAUCGCAUCCUGUCACAAAAAGCACACCAGUCAAUCCAACCCUUUUUCAAAAAGCUCAACGUUGAAAAGUGUCGCCAUGAUCGGAGGAGGCGACAAGAUCCCCAGCGUGGGUACCCUCGACAAGCCCGAGAACCUCGACCAGCUCCUGCGUGAGGACCGCGGCGAUGAUUGCACGUCUUGCAGAGUAGUUGGAGGCGGUGCUUUCCUCGGUCUCGCAGCGUAUAACUAUCUGACAGGCAUGGGUCACCUCGAACGGCAACGCGCGGCGAUCCUUAAAUCUGGCUCGAUGUUCGGCAUGAGAAGCCGCAAGUUCGGUGUCGCUAGCAUCUCGAUGGGCCUGGCCUACCUCGGACUGUGGAGGUUGUUCCGGUAACGGAACCUCAAGGGAAGGAGGGCAUAUCAGAUCAACAACAUAAACACCACUCAAACGAUUAUACCACGGCGGUCGUAAAAAAUACAGGGCCAUGUCACGAGCUGUCGGAACGGCUGUUGUUGUCUCUGACAAUUCGCUAUGGAGCGAGCAAGGCCUACGAUUACGCCACUGUUAUUGAAGAGCUUGGAGGGAUACAUUUGAUAACUGGCUAAGUCUAGUAUGGGUUACACAUCGGGAUCAUUCGAGGCGGGAUGCUCCCGUUGUUUACAAUCAACGAUGGCUAAACCAAGCAUCCGGCUACGGCUGAAUGGUGCUGUAAUAAUACUGUAUAACACUGUCAUACUAAAAGCGAAAACAUGAAUCAAAAUACCUUUACGUUC